AUGGCAUCCAGCACCGUCUAUGUCGAGCGGCACCCCGACGAAGGGACGGCGCAAUGCCCCGUGGCGCACGAUCCAGCGCAGCCACUGCCACCCGGUCAUCCUCCCACCUCCAGUCAUCCCGCCAGCAGUCUGAAGCCACCCACUGCGCCCGGCUGCAUCUUCUUCAGGACCACCGAUGAUCUCAUCGUCACACCUCCCCUGUCACGAGUGGGGAGCGCAAAGCUGGACGAUCUUAAAGCAACAGCCAAUAUCAAUCCGCUUGCUCCAGGUGCUGGUCAAUCACUGGAUCCCGACACCAGUCUUGUGCUCGCUUCUCGUAACUCGCAGCUGGCGCUGGUGCAGAGCAGUCAUGUGUCAGCCAUGCUCUCGUCUCACUACUCUCACCGCUCGCCCGCUUUUGUCAGCUUCACUCGAGAACAAGCAACUUUGGCAGGGCAAUCCUCUUCAGCCAAAGCAGGCAGCACGAUCACUCCUCCAUCCACGCCACCCUCUCUUCCUUCAUUGCCCACCUUCGAUGCCGAGACGAUCUCCACUGCACAAAGCAGGAUCGCAGCGCUGGGCAUUCCCGGCCCUUGCAGCUUCCCAAUCACGUCGAUGUCCACCGCCGGAGAUCACAAUCAGCGCUCGCCUCUUUACGUCAUUGGCGGAGACGGCAAAGCGAUUUGGACAAAGGAGUUGGAAGUCGCUCUCUCUGGUGGAGCUGUCGACGCUAUCGUGCACUGUCUCAAGGAUGUGCCCACUGCGCUGCCAGAUGGGCUCAUGCUUGGCGCGAUUUUGGAGCGAGAAGACCCAAGAGACGCUCUUGUUGUCAAGAGGGGCUUGCCUUACAAGGUGAGUAUUUCGAACGAUUCGUGGGAAGCUGUGUAGCUCGAUGGCUCACGUGCAUCAUCGCACCUCCAGACGCUGGACGAGCUCCCUCCUGGCUCUGUGAUUGGAACUUCGUCCGUUCGAAGGGUGGCGCAGCUGCGCAGGAGGUAUCCAGAGCUAGUCUUUUCAGAUGUCGUGAGUGAAGCGGCGGCGAUUGCAGGAGUGCAAUCUUCUAACGCCAGUCCACCGCGCUUCAUCAACAGCGCGGAAAUCUCAACACUCGUCUCUCAAAGCUUGACGCGCCGAAUGGGCCUUACACUGCGCUAGUACUUGCCGCAGCUGGACUGAUACGAUUGAACCUCACAGCUCGCAUCACUGCCUUCCUUUCUGCACCUGUGCUGAUGUACUCCGUCGGCCAAGGUGCGCUCGCCAUCGAGGUCAGGACACCACCGCCUGGAGCUGAUCCCCGAACGAACAGAGAGGCUCGGAUUCUUGAAAUGAUCCGAUCCAUCAGCGACUGGCGAGCUACAUGGCGGGCUGAAGCCGAGAGAGCUUUGCUGAGGGAGCUGGAAGGGGGUUGCUCCAUUCCUGUUGGUGUGGAGACCCGAUUCGCCGACCAUGCAGCGGUGGAAGGACAAAGGAAUGAAGGAGAAGCUCUAAGGCUGGUGGCCGCUUCUCGUGGCGUCGAUGUAGAGGAUACGCGGGAGGAAGAAGGGCAUACGAUUCCUCCGGACGAGAUCACGUCCACCUCUGGUGCGCCAACAAGACCUGCUGCGCUUGAGAGGCUCAACACGGACAAGAUAGAUGUUGCUACUGCUCAAGCUGCCAGCACUUCUGCUACCCCUGCACCGACACCGGUCAUCAAAGCUGCCGAAGAGUACUACCCUGAAGAUCGCGCCGCGGCUCCCGCAGAAGGAGCCGAGCUCACACUUCACGCCAUUGUAGUAUCUCUGGACGGCAAGAGGUCAUGCGACUACACACUUACGCGGCAUUGCAUGGAUGUUGCGGAUGCGCAAGCACUGGGAAGAGCUGUCGCUCAAGAGCUUGCCCAGUCCAGAGGAGCUAGGGCGAUCUUGGAAGAGGUGGAGAGGCACCGCAAGCUGGCAGAAGCGGCGGACGAGAGGAGACGGAGAGAAGGCAGAGCUCAGAGGGUUGCGGAAGUUGCUGGAAAGGCGGAGGCUGCGGCGCACGAGGGCGACGUACUGGAAGGGAUUGGGGAAGAGAAGCAGAGCUCGGAUGCGAUCGAUGAAGCUGAGGCCAGACGCAAGUUGCAAGAGGUGCUCGAAGCUGCCAAGAAUGGGAAUGGAGAUAGGACUAGAAGCGGUAGCCUGCUCAAUGGCGACGUUCCUCAUGGAUUGCUUGCUAACGAGACCGAUAGGAGAGGUAUUCCUCGAUCUGACGGUCUGCCAAAAGCUUGGGAAGUGUAG